UUGCUUGGUGAGAAGUUGUACGGCUCUCAUUUUUUUCUUCACAGUUUUGAUACUCUCUCUUUUCUCACCAUCAGCCUCAACCGCCCACCUCUCUCCAUCUCGGCUUCUCUCUCUUCACUCCAACCAAAACCACAACAACCACUUCAUUUCAUCUUUCUCUCAAAUUUCAUACUCCCUUGGCCAUGGAAAAGAAACUCAACAAAUCUCUGACCGUUUCAAUGACGACUCGCUCUCCAUAACUUCAAAAACAACACUCUCGUUCCUCUCUCUCUUCCUGAAUUUCAACAAUACUCUCACCUUCGUCAUCAACACUUGAAAAUUCCUUUCUCUUCCCCGCGGAUUCUGUCGUGCCUCCGAGUUACAUGUUUCGGUCAAGGUAUCCAACAUAAGCAUCUCCAUUACUCAAGAGCUCUGAGUUUAUUUCUCACAGAUCAAGAUUCAGUUAAGAUCUAGUUUCAUCACCUCAAAAGUUCAUGGAGGGGUAGAGUUUUCUUAUUCUUUCGAUUCAAGAACCUCCUUCAGGUUAGUUUCAAAAUGCAGACGCAUUCUGUAACAAGAUUUCGAGAUUGGCGAAUAAGCGGCAAUUUAAAUUCAGUUAGAAAUCAAGGAGAAGGAGAAUCCUGUUUUGCUUUUGCAUCAUGUGCGGCGGUGGAAUUUCUGUAUCACCGCCACCCAAAUUUUGAACAAAGGGUGUUGCUAUCACCUCAAGAUCUAUGGAACAAUUUAGUAGAUGUGAACCUUCUAAUGGGGGCUGAUGAUGAUGAGGACGAUUCUGAUGGUGCUGAUGAUGAUGAGGACGGUUCUAAUGAUGAUGAGGACGAUUCUGAUGGUGCUGAUGAUGAUGAGGACGGUUCUGAUGAUGAUGAGGGUGGCUGUAGCAUUCCCUUGGCUUUAGAAUGGAUAAGAGACCAUGGUUGUGUAUUGGAAGAAGACUCUCCAUACUUGGAAGUACUUCAACAUCCUCUACCUUUAAACGAGCGUCUGGUUAAAAUGAGAAUAGAAACUGUUGUUCCGGUACUAAGUAAGAAUAUGGAAUAUGAUGUAUUUCAUUAUGGACCUGUGAUUGUGAGCAUAGAUUGGAUUCGUGAAAUGGAUCGCAUAUCCGGGGAUGAGAUAUAUCAGGGACCUCGUCAUGCCUCUGCAUUUGAUCCAACACUAGUAACACACCAUGCUGUGCUUGUAAUAGGUUUUGGAGCUAGAAGAGUUGAAAAUGAGCUUGUCCAGUUCUGGAUAAUCCAGAAUUCUUACGGACCUGAAUGGGGACAUAAUGGAUGCGCCAAGUUUACUCGAGCUAAAAUCCACAACCGUUAUCUUAUCAACGACGGUUGGAGACCUGCAGGCGUAACAAAUCUUGAUGGAAACGGAAUUGAAUAUGAAGUGUGA